AUGGUCAAGUUAUACGGUUUUCCCGGUUCCACAUGCACCCGCCUCGUCGCUCUCGUCUGCAAAGAAAAGAACAUUCCAUAUGAAUUGACCCAGGUCAACUUGAUGAAAGGUGAACAGAAGGCCCCAUCUUUCACCGCCAUUCAGCCAUUCGGUCAGGUCCCAUACAUCGAUGACGAUGGUUUCAUUCUAUACGAGUCCCGCGCGAUCGCAAGAUACAUCAUCAAGAAACACCCUAACCAGGGCACCCCCUUGAUCCCCAGCGACCCCAAGGCCGAGGCCCUGUUCGAACAAGCAGCUUCGAUUGAGACGUUCAAUUUCAACGCUUUUGUCGCCCCCAUCGUCGCGGAAAAAGUGUUCAAGCCGCGCCGUGGUCUGCAACCAGAUGAGGCACGUGUCAGCGAGCUGUUGGCGACCCUCCAGAGCAAGAUGGAUGCGUAUGAGGUGAUCCUCAGCAAACAGAAGUACCUUGCUGGCGACUCUGUCACGCUUGCUGAUUUGUCCCACCUGCCGUAUGGCACUGCGUUCUACGGACUCGGAGGUGUCUUUGCUGAGGUAUUUGACAGCAGGCCUAACCUUGCUAGGUGGUGGAAGGACAUCUCUAACAGGCCUGCUUGGCUUGCCGUCAAGGAUGGUGCAUGA